AGCACGGGGACGUCAAAUUGAUUGACGUAUCCGUACCGGAGACGUUUCCGGUACGGGGACACUUCAGGGACGGCACAAGGACACUUUGGAGACCGAACAGUUAAUUAUGGAAAUUUUCAAAAUAUAUUUGCUUUGCUAUUAUCCCUUCUUAAGCUUAUUCACUUAUUUUUCUUCCAAAUAAAACAUAAAAAGUAGAAGUUUAUACUAGAUUUUGAAUUUAUAACCUACUUUCUAAUCUUUUUAGUUUAUUAGAUAAGAUUUACAGUGAUAUAUUUUUAUUUUUCAGUAUAUAAAUAUACACAUAUAUAUAUUUUUAUUGAUAUAUAUUUGCCGUACCCGUACCCCUAAUUUUUUAGUUUUGCCGUUUCCCGUCUCCGCUUCCGAACCCGUAUCUGUCCCCGUAUCCGUCCCGGUGCAUCAUAGAGACAAAGUAUUAUGUAUUAAUUGAUUGGACUGUAAAACUCUUUUUAACAAAAAUAAAACAACCAGAUAUUUUAUGAAUGGGAAAUGAUUGUCAAUUUCCGGUAAAACUUUUUUGGAUAUAUAUAGGAUAAAAUCUGUUUAGACAGAGACACAAAAGAAUACAAAGAACAUGCCUUUUUCAAAAUAAAAUAAAAUACAAAGAACAUUCAACACAUCACAUUACUGUUAUCAUCAAGUUAUCAACCGAAUAUUGACCAUUCCUUCAACAUAUUGUCCAAACAAAACAAAUAUAUAAACGAGGAGGUGAUCAAAUUAGUUAAGACUUUUAUUAGUUUAGGUUUGGAUGGCCAAGAGGCAAGGGUUAAGGCGAUCGACAGAGAUGCGGCAAUCCGAAAGUAAUAGUGUACUUAUUAGUUUAGGUUUGUGUCUUAAAAGCCUCAUUACACAUGCGACAAUUAGAUGCUUUUAUGUAACGACUUUAUGGUGUUCUUUAUUUCACUCUAAAAGUUCUUAAAAGUGACUAGUUUAUGUAACAAAUAUAUAUACCGUAUGAUCUUUUUGUAGAGAUGUCAGAAUCUAUCACGAUCAGAGACUAUUAUGAUAUGAAUAAAACUAUUUUCGCUUUUGCUUUCUCCUUAUGCCGAUUCACUCCCAGUAACACUAGAGUUACCUCCGUAGAAAGAAUGCAAUAUGGUAUAAGUGAAAAAAAAAUUAAGUGGCAUAGUCAAAGUUAUUCGAAAUAUUGUUUUACUUGUGCAAGCCAUUUAAUUUCAUGGUUUGACUAAAAAAUUCAUUUAUAGUUAUUAAUAAUUUUAAACCAUAAGAUCUAAAUUUCAAAUCUUUGGAAACUUAGAUUACUAUCAAGUAUCAACUAUAAAAAAUUAAUUGAGGGAAAGCUUACAAAAUAUUUAACCAUGGUGCAGUCAUACAUCGAUUUUCAUAAGAUGGCUGAAAAUUAUACAGUUAUAUGUAAAUUUUCAUAAAACAUGUAUAAUUAUGGGUUAACAUUUGUGUAUGUAAUGUUCUCAUGAUUUGUGAUAGUGUACUAAUCUACGUCUACAACUUCUUUAAAGUUUUGAACUUUUUGUAAUUGUGGUAAAGAACUUGCUUGUUUAAACGAUUCGAUGAUUCAAGUAUGAAAAUGUUGUUUUAUUGAUUUCAUAUUCGCUGAUUCUUGUUCCAAAAGAUGGGUUCUUUAUCAGGCUUAGAGAUUAUGGUGUUGUAUCUAAUGGUUUGUAAGGAGUUUGGAAAAUUCAAGGAGGUUAGUGAACACAUUGUAUCGAAUUGUGGUUACAUGCUGUUGAGUUUUAGUGUCUCUAUAGCUCAGUUUGGCCAAGAAGUUUAUGUAUAGUUAGCAUAGAUUAUGAGAAGAGAGCAUAUAAAAUGUUGUGCUUCGUCAGAACAGGAAGGAGAUCUCUGUUUCAGUAUACUUUGGGUUACAAGGCCAGACCUUAACUAUUAUAAACGCCAUUUCUCUCUUUUUAAAACAAAAAAGGUUCAAGUGGCUUUUUAUAUGUUUGAAAUAGCGUGGUGUUCAAGUUGACCAUUGUAUUAUAUAAGCUCAGUUACAUAAAUAACAUAUUAUAUGGAUCAUACAAAAACUUUAAAAUAUUGAACAAGCACUGAUAAAUACUUUGAAUAAAAUUAUGUUUCUAUAACUAUCCUAACCAUAAAUUUGUGAGUUUUUUUAAAGAUUCAACCUGAAAUGCCUAUACUAACGGAAAACUGUUUGGAGAUGUGUACAUUCCGUGUGUAUCUAUAUAUAGACUUAUUCUUACAGAAUAAAAAAAACUAUUAUUAGACAAGUUCAACAGAAAACUGGUGCAGAUCACGAUCACAGUUGUAACGAAUUUACUAAAACUGGCAACCACUCCUUUUCUUUAAGAACCACUCCUUCUUCCCUUCUCUUGUCCUAUUCUCUAUCAACUCAUCUUGUAACUUUUGUUCUCGUUCAUUUAUCUCUUCAAAACUUAUAAACUAAUAAUUAAUUCAGUUAAGAUGGAUCAAGCAGAGCUUUGCCGGAUAUUCCAAAUGUUCGACAAGAACGGCGACGGCAAAAUCACCAAACAAGAGCUGAAUGAUUCAUUGAAGAAUCUUGGAAUCUACAUCCCAGAGCAAGAGCUGGUGCAGAUGAUUGAGAAGAUUGAUCUCAACGGUGAUGGGUACGUGGACAGCGAGGAGUUCGGAGGGCUGUUCGAGACGAUCAUGGAGGAGAGAGACGAGGAGGAGGACAUGAGAGAGGCUUUCAAUGUGUUUGAUCAGAACAGGGACGGGUUCAUCACGGUGGAAGAGCUGAGAUCUGUGUUGGCUUCCUUGGGGCUCAAGCAAGGAAGAACGCUUGAUGAAUGCAAGAGGAUGAUUGGCAAAGUUGAUGUUGAUGGAGAUGGGAUGGUGGAUUUCAAGGAGUUUAAGAAAAUGAUGAAAGCUGGUGGAUUUGCCGCCUUGUGAUCAAAACUUGUAAAAGAAGCCCAUUUUAGGGUUAGGGUUUGUGACCCAAAAUCAUUGUUUUAUUCUUCGGAAUGAUUAGGGCAAAACCUUGAAGAGAAUUAAUAAAUGGAUUUGCAAAGAUAACGAAACUUUGUGAGCUAAUUCGUUUGAUUCUUCAUCACAAAAUAUUGUUGAUGAACUUGCUUUGAUGGGUCUCUGAAACAUAACCAUGGAUCUGAUUCUUUUAUAAUGUGUAAUAUUUGGUUGUGAAUUGUGAUGCACUUCGCUUGUUAAUUACCAGUUUUAAGCUUAUACGAUAAAGAUCAUGCCAUGCAGAAUUUGAAAUUCCUUUUGACUAUUUUUGUAAACUGACGUCUGCUCUUUAGCAUCAAAGCCCGUCUAGCUCAGUUGGUAGAGCGCAAGGCUCUUAACCUUGUGGUCGUGGGUUCGAGCCCCACGGUGGGCGUAUUUAUUUUUCAUUUUUGAAGCUUAGAUAGACAAGUACUUGACAGCCAUUCCCCUCCUCCGUAAUGUAAUGGAUUGAGAAUUAAUUACGCGACCAAGUCAGUAGAUUAAGCUCCGACAUUUCUGACCGUUUCUGUCAGAUUUGUUGCCGUCGAAAAGUUUUGACCAAAUUAUAUUUCCGUUGGAAAUCUAUCAAAUUUUCUGGCCAAAAAAAUUUCGAUCAGAAUCUCCUUAAAAAAAAACCUUUUUCUUGUAGCUAGUGAUAAACAGAACCGGUUCAGUGUACUGCAUGUUACCAACAGGUUUGUGAUGAAAGAUGGAAACACAUUAGUUUCCGGGUUGGAGCAGGAAGAAAGUUCAGAGAUGGCUUGCUUGCCCAUUGAGGCAUUGGGGCUCACAGUAGCUCCUGAAAUACUUUUAGACGCGUUAAAGAAAAUGGGUAUAGCCGAGUUCAUAGAAUACAGCACAGGUGGGAAUGGAUGAGAAGACAAGAGUAUGAUCAAUAUAACAAAUCCUAGCAGUGGCCUGAUAGAGACCUGAGAGACGGGUACUGAACUGAUAUUAUAACAGACGAUGACAAUGUAGCUAUCAGAUCAUCCAGAAAAUUAAUGGAAUUAUUGAUGGAACUUAGAGCAACUUAAAUUCACCAGAUCUUUCAGAGCACAAAAUUUGAAGCCUCAUUCAUUCAAAAAGUUUCAUAAAUCAAAUCAUAGAAAGUGACUUAUUAUUAUAUGGAACAUAAAGUCUAAGCGCUUUAUGAUUGAAGAACGUACAAAUAGAUCUUCCUUGGUUUUCCUGUUACGUGAAGUAUAUUCAUUGGCUAUAAACACUUUCCUCGAUUUCUUCGGGAUUUUGCAUUGGUUACAUAAAUAAUGUAAAGUACUAAAGAAGUGAAAGGAUCAUGUAAAAUACUACUAAAGAAGUCAUAGUUGCUAGUUGUUUUCUUAAUAAUUGCUUUCUCCUCUCCUCUGGUGUAGCUGUGAUACUGAAAGACUAUAUAAAUAUGAGUGAGGGUUAAAGGUCAACACAAUCUUCUUUGUAACACCUAUGUUACAUGGAAACGGAAACGGGUACGCGGAAGCGUAUGGAAAUGCAUAAUGAAAUUUUUAAAAAAAUUAGGAAGCGGGUACGUAUUAGAAACAUAUAUAUAUAUACAUAUAUAAUAUUUUUUUAAAAAAAUCUAAAACUAAAAAUUAUAUGGUUUAAAUUUAAAAUAAAGCAUUUAUUCAUUUACAACAAUUUUGAAAUGAUUUCAUAUUAAAACUGUGAAAAUACACAUAAAUUAAAUUUAAAAGUAAAUUAUUAUAUUAAUUACUUUUAAUACUUUAUAAUUAACUGACAUAAUAUAUUUGAAUAUAUGAUUUAUCUAUAAUAAAAAACCUCAAUGCAUAAAGAUAAUUUAUAGUAUUAAUUUUAAUAUUUGUAUAUUUAUAUUCUUUCAUUCAAUACUAUUAAAAUUUGAAUUUUAUAUAUAUUAAAAACUAUAAUUUUAUAUUUUUAUUUAUAUAAGACAUUGUGUUUUUUAAAGAACGAAAGCGUGAUUCCAAAACGGAAUCGUAAGCUUCCAACGUGUUUUUAAAGAGAAUAUUUUAGAAGCGUUUUGGAAGCGAGAUUCCGUAAGCUUCCACAAGGUUUCGAUGCAUCCGUGCAACGUAGUUACAACAUUGAGUACGUACGUAAAUAAUGUGUAUGCAUCAGUUACAAAUUUAUUUUUUUGUUAAAAAUUACAACAAAGUGCAC